AUGGAGAAAAUGGCAGCAGGAAACCAUUGCACAGUGACUGUGUUUUUCUUGGCUGGGCUCUCAGAGAAGGCAGAACUCCAGCUGCCGCUCUUACUCCUCUUCAUAGGAAUCUAUUUAAUCACUGUUGCAGGGAACCUGUGCAUAAUCUUACUGAUUGGACUGAGUUCCCAUCUACAUACACCCAUGUACUAUUUCCUCAGCAGUCUGUCUUUCAUUGACUUCUGUCAGUCCACAGUUGUUACCCCUAAAAUGCUGAUGAGUUUUGUGACAGAGAAGAACAUCAUCUCCUAUCCUGGAUGCUUGGCUCAGCUCUACUUUGCCAUCAUAUUUGGAACUGCAGAGUCCUAUACAUUAGCUGCAAUGGCGUAUGACCGCUAUGUUGCUAUAUGUAACCCCUUGCUUUACAAUGCAACCAUGUCCUAUCAUAUUUACUGUUCUCUGAUUUCAGGGGUAUAUAUUUUUGCUGUGUUCUGUGCAUCAGUAAAUAUAGGGUUCAUGUUCAGGAUUCAGUUCUGCAAGUUAGAUGUGAUUGAACACUAUUUUUGUGAUCUUCUUCCCCUCUUGAAGCUUGCAUGCUCUAAUACCUAUAUCAAUGAAAUGUUGAUUCUGUUUUUUGGUACACUGAACAUCUGUGUUCCAAUGCUGAUUGUCAUUGCUUCCUACAUCUUCAUCAUUGCCAGCAUCCUCCACAUUCGCUCCAGCGAGGGCGUGUCCAAAGCCUUCAGUACUUGUAGUUCCCACAUCUCUGCUGUUGCUAUCUUCUAUGGUUCAGUUGCAUUCAUGUACUUGCAACCAUCAUCAGUGAAUGCAAUGGGGCAAGCAAAAGUGUCAUCUGUGUUUUAUACUACGGUUGUCCCCAUGCUGAACCCCUUGAUCUACAGCCUAAGGAAUAAGGAUGUCACUGUUGCAUUGAAGAAAAUACUUGAGAGAAGAAAAAUUAUGUAA